CCCGCCCACCCGCACCCACCAGCUUGCUUGCCCCCAGCCCCGGCUUCCUUCGGGCUCGCUUGGUCCUUUCCCCCGCGAGGAGGGCGGAGAGGCAUGAAGACGAGCCGCCGGUGCCGAGCCCUGCUGGCCGUGUGUCUGAACCUGCUGGCUCUUCUCUUCUCCACCACCGCCUUCCUCACCACGCACUGGUGCCAGGGGACUCAGCGGGUGCCCAAGCCCAACUGUGGCCGAGACAAGAAGACCAACUGCCUCAACUACAGCGGCAACAGCACGGUCAACGACACGACCGGUUCCCACGGGGUGCACUACAGCUGGGAGACCGGCGACGACCGUUUCCUUUUCAGGUAUUUCCACACGGGCAUCUGGUACUCCUGUGAGGAAAACCUCAGUGGACUUGGUGAAACAUGCCGGAGUUUUAUUGACCUGGCUCCCGCAUCAGAGAAAGGUGUGCUUUGGCUGUCUGUGGUUUCAGAAGUGUUAUACAUCCUUCUCUUGGUCGUCGGAUUCAGUCUCAUGUGUCUAGAGCUCUUCCACUCUAGUAACGUCAUAGAUGGGCUCAAGCUCAAUGCCUUUGCUGCUGUCUUCACUGUGCUAUCAGGUCUCCUGGGAAUGGUCGCCCAUAUGAUGUACACUCAAGUGUUCCAAGUCACGGUCAGCCUGGGACCUGAAGACUGGAGACCUCACUCCUGGGACUACGGCUGGUCUUUCUGCCUAGCCUGGGGUUCUUUCACGUGCUGCAUGGCAGCCUCAGUCACCACACUGAACUCUUACACCAAGACCGUCAUCGAGUUCCGGCACAAACGCAAAGUGUUUGAGCAGGGAUUCCGGGAGGAGCCAACUUUCAUUGAUCCAGAGGCUAUCAAAUACUUCCGGGAGAGAGUGCCAAGGAAGGAAGAGACCUUAAGGAUCAUAAGAGUUCAAGCUUCUCAUAUGACCGGAGUGAGGGUGGAAGUUAAAUCCCAAAAAAGGAAUGAGAAGGGGGAUGGGACCGAGGAUGAAGACUUCCGACUAGACUGCCACCACAGCCGAUACCCAAAUCGACUGCAGAACACCCACCUCUAGAUGACCCAAAAUCUCUAAGAAAAUCUGGCUCCAUGGCCCCAGCAACCACCCCAGUCUUUUCCACCAGACAGAAACCCCUAUACACCAUCCCUUCAGAACUCAGCCGAAAGAGCUCUGCAGAGCAGAGCUAAGUGCCGUGAGAAGACUCCUUUCCCUUUGUCCUUCCCCCUCCACUACAAGAUGGCAAAAGCCCAGGCAUAGCAGCAUCUGGCCACUCCAGCUCAGCCCAUCCAGGAUCCCGUGGAAUAUCCAGUCCCAUCUCCUUGAGUUUUUGACUUGUGCCCGGCCCAGCCAAUCACAGGAUGAGCCCAGGUUCCAGCCUAGACAACCCGAGGCCUUACCUGGCAACCAGCCCAAUCAACCAGAGGCCCUGUCUUGGAUACAGAUUGGCCCCUACCGGCUUUUUUUCCUGAGGUCCCAUGAUUCAGUGGGGAAACAACCUGGCCCGCCUCACAAUGAAGUCCGGAGAGACACUGGAUUCAGUGACCUCAAGCAUCAUUUGGAUACAUGACCCGGCCUCCAGCUCAGUUUUCUCAAGCUGGCUCUCAGCCCCUGAGACCGUCACUCAGGGUGGGCUAAUGGAGACUACUGAAUAUGGAGCCCAGAUACAUGGGAUCAAAUGCCAGUUUGGGCAAGCCCCUUCUUCUCUGAAUCUUGGUUUCCUCAUCUGCAAAAUGAGGAGUUUAGAUGAGAUCAUGUCUAAGGUCCCUUCUGGUCCUAAAGCCUUUUCUCCAUCAGAGCCACACCCCAACACAGAAUUCUAGUCGUGAUGCAAAAGCACAAGGCCCAAAGAGACAAGCCUUUCCAGGGGCUGUUCCCAGAGAGAUGGCCCCUUCUCAAGCACAGCUGGCUGACACCGAGUCAGAGGAGGUGGGGAAGAGGCUGCUGGGUGCAAGAGGAUGCUGAUCCCUUUGGGUCAAUUGGACCAGGAAGGGGAGGAGGAGAUCCAAGGAGAGAAGAGAGAGUCUUUAAGAAGAAGUACUGAAUCAGGGAGACCCGAGCCUCUGCCUGUUGCCACCAGAGGUGCUACAUCCUGAGCAGAAGCCCAGGCAGUGAGGACCGCUCCAUCCAGGAAGCACCCACAGUCCUUGCCCCAGCUUUUGGGGGAAUCCCUCCCUCCUCUGGCUCCACCUGGGGCAGCCGGCCUGCUACACCAGCUUCCAGCCCCGAAGGGACCCCCAGCUGUAAGCCAAGGACUGCCACAGCCUGAGAAACUCCUCUGGCUCAGGGCCUGGCUCUGAGGAAACACUCUUACAUCUGGAAGUGACCCUACAGAGCCCCCCAUCAUCUGCUCUUCCUGUGGACCAAGGGACCCGAUUGUCAUUUUUUCUUUUCUAAAAAUAGAGUUCUUUAUCAGAUUCAUUUCAUUUGUAUAUGUUUGAUACUGGUUUUAUAGGCGCCAGCUCUUGUCCCUUUCUGGGGAUUUUAUUCCUGGGGAAUGAUCAUUUUCAAUGGGGAUUUUAUUCCUGGGGAAGCAUUAUUGGAAAGUCAGUAGGGAACCUCUCCGGCCACCCUUCCUCUCUCCAAGACCACCAAACAUUGUCCACCUUGUCUUCAGAGGCCCCUGACGACACUGGCCAUCUCUACUCCCCUCAUCCUCCCUCACCCCCAAACAAUUGAAAAGGCAGAACUCAGUGGGGACCACGCCAGGAGGUCCAUAUGUAGUAACAUAAAUAUCAGAUUUAGAGUCAGGGGAUCUGGGGCAGACCCGGCUCCAUUACCCUUUCUGUGUGGCUUUGAGCUCCCUUUUACAGUUAAGAAACUGAGGCCCAGAAAAGAAAAAUGACUUGCCCACAAUCACACAACAAAUCUGCAGAAGAGCCAGGAUGGACCUGGAGUUUGCAAUCUGCCCAAUGGAGAGAGUGGCCACCUCAACCGAGUCCCAGAGAUUUGAAGUUGAAGUAAAUAAUAGCAAUAAAAUAUCGAAAAGAACAACAGAAAACUAUCAUUAUUCACUUCAAUUUCAAUUGCAUUGUAUUAAAUAAGCCUAAUGUUGUAUAGUAUAAUAUAAAUAUAUUGUAUUUAAUAUGGUAUAUCAGUAAUCUGUGGUAUUGUUGUUCUAUUAUGUUCUCUUGGUGCAAUGAAAAAUGUCAGAGGACUUGGGUUCAAAUCCUCCUCCUGAUAUUUACUACCUGUGUGACACUGGGUAACUUUGCUGUGCUUCAGGUUUCUCAUCUGUAAAAUGACAGGGUCGGAUACUCUUUGAAGUUCCAUAUAUAUACUGGACAAGUCACUUAACCCUCAGUGCUCUAGGACUGAAAAUUGCAGAGGAGCGAUCAACUUGCAUUAGGAGAGAGAGUUUUCAUCUAAGAGUUUCCUACAUUGAUGAAAUUCCAGGUGCAGUCCCUGUCCUAUCUUCUAUUAUAAAUGUUGGCCCCAUAUGGCCCCUUACCUCCUCUAACAAUAUUUGUGUUCAUUAUUAUUAUUAUCUUCCAUUUAAAUUGUUUUAUUCUUGUUUCCAGGACCUGAGAUUUUGUCACUGUGGGCUUCUCCCUCCACUGAUGCAGAUCAAAACUCUUCUGUGCCUUAGUAGAUAAGCUUUAAGAAUUAUUGGGGCUGAAAAAUUCAUCACCUUUAGGCCAAGCUGGUGUUGAGCUCUGAAUUUAGCCGAGCAUGUCCUCAGACAAGCUCCUCGAUGAGUCUAUCCCCCAGCUGCUUCUCGGAGCUUUCCCAGCUUAAGACCGUGCUCGGCUGGCACUGCCUUUGAGGACCCAGAGCUGCCUCCACACCAUGCGAAGCAUGGAAAAUUCAUUAAUUGAUUGACUCUAAAGGUUUAAUAAUAAUAAUAACUACCUGAACUCUCUUGGUCCCAUUUUAGGAGAAUAGAAAGUAGGUGGGCAUCUAUUUACGUCAUCAAGUGAAUGAUCUGUUAACAGGGGGCUGGGGAGUCUCAGUGACAAACCUAAGGAAUCUUCUGGGGCUCAGGAAGGGUCCCCAAUGCUCUUGGGAGUCCCCAGGGGGCUGGAAGGCAAUCCCAGAACCAAUCAGAAAGUUAAUGAAGCUGCAUUAUGAUUGUGCUCCCUUGAGGGGCCUGCCUUUCUCCGCCAAAGGCCUUUGAAGAAAAAGCAGAAGGAAAGUAAAUUGUUGGGACUCUAAUUUUCUCAGACACGGAAUCACUGCUGAUUUCCUGCUCUCCAGGCUGCAGGUCCUCUUGCAUUCUUUUCUCCCCCUCCAGGC